CCCGUGCUUGGACUUGUCAAGCCGUGAUUGGUUGAGGGCAGCAGUAACGUUUGAAAGAGACAGGAGCUGCAGAUCGUCCUCUCUCGGUGUGUUGGUGUCAGUGUGUGUCAGUGUGUCAGUGUGUGUGCUGUGACGGAACAGACCCACAGAGACAUGGAGCUCGUCCACACCGUGCAGCUCCUGGUCAGGUCGCUGCCGCUGCUGCUGCUGCUCUGCUCCAGCUGUGACGGCAGAGAGUCGGAGUUGAACUACGUGACGUGCGGCUCCCUGGUCAAACUGCUCAACACCAGGCACAACGUCCGCCUGCACUCACACGACGUCAAGUACGGCUCAGGCAGUGGACAGCAGUCUGUAACUGGAGUGGACAACGCAGACGAUGCCAACAGUUAUUGGCAGAUUCGUGGGAAGCCAAACCAUCCAUGUCAGCGCGGUGUGGCCAUCAAGUGUGGGGAGGCCAUCCGCAUCACCCACAUGAAGACUGGUCGAAACCUCCACACCCACCACUUCAGCUCACCCCUGUCUAAUAACCAGGAGGUCAGUGCCUUUGGAGAGAAUGGCGAAGGUGACAACCUGGAUGUGUGGACAGUGCAGUGCGAUGCCGACCACUGGGAGCGCGACGAGGCUGUGCGCUUCAAACACGUGGGCACCGAUGUCUUCCUGAGCGUGACAGGCGAGCAGUAUGGCCAUCCCAUCCGUGGCCAGCGGGAGGUGCACGGCAUGAGCUCCUCCAACCAGCACAACUGGUGGCGCACCAUGGAGGGCGUGUUCAUUCAGCCCAGCCAGGAGCUGAUACGCCACGAUGAGCUCUGACCUCAUCACUGCAUGGACAUGUGUGUGUAUGUGCACAGUCUGUGGAUUCCUGUGGCUGUGGUGGUUUUAUAGUACACCUGGACCAAAUGCUGUUAUGUGUGAAUGGUGUAGAAUAUUUGACUGACUCGUCUCUGUAUACGUGAAGCACUCAGGGUGCUCUGAGGCGAAGUGCGGAAGUGCUGUUGUUUUCCCUAAAAGUUUGAAGAUCACUGAUAAUGUGUGUAGUGCAGCCGUAUGGUUUAUUUAUUCUUCAGUUUUCUCCUCAGAGGAAUUCAAAUGAGAGAAAAUCAAGGCUGGACGACUGGACAAAGCGACUACUGAAACUGAAAUGGUGAGAGGCCCUGUGUCACAUAAAACGUACAGGUAUAUCACGAUGUUAAAUUUCUCACUGAAGUCCAGUUAAUUGGUCAGAGCAGUUAGCGUAAGUGUCCAGGAAACGAGUGGAAGUUUAUUGCACCCAAAAAGUAAGGUAUAACAAUGUGUCACACAUGCACACACAUGCGUUUUGUUGAAAUUAUUUUUUUUAGAUAGAAGUAGAAGAUCUGCUUCAACCCCGUCUCUGAUUGGUUUACCCUGAUAUUGUUACUCUUAGCCAAAUACAUCCCUCCUCAAUCCUAAACCUAACCUUACCAACCAAUGAAGGCAGCGACUCCUAGCCAAUUGGAGGCAAAGUAGGGGUAGUCUCUUCCUGCCAUGGGUGAGAAAGAAGAUAAGUCUCCCUAGGUAGAUAUGAAGGAUUCAUUCUGAAGCCAAACACAUAUAUGUAUUUCUCAUUUUUAAAUGUUAAUGCAUGGCUCCACUCCAGAGUUUUCUAGCCUCUAAAAUACCCAAGUUCAAGGGAAAUACAAUCGUUGCUAAACCGUGCUGUCAGUAACAGUCCCACCUCCUCGUUGGUCCAACAAAAGAACUCCAGGGUCAUUUCACCAUUACUGUUACACUCGGUCAAAGUAUUUUCUGUAACUUAGAAACCAAACUUCAGAGUAGACAAUCUGCUUCCUGUUGCACAUGCCCGGUGUACAUGAAAGGUCAUUUGAUUUGUGUUUUCAGGCGUUUGUAUGGCGGGAGAAUGUUUCCUAAUAUGAAGCGAAAUCACUGGAUGUUGUUUAAGUUUGAAAACAUCACUUUUCAUGUCAAUACAAAGAUUCAUAGAUUUAGGUGAUCAUACGCUGAUAAAAACAUCACUGAGAAUUUUAUAUUCAAUUUCAAUAAAUCCCAUUAAAUACUACACACUGGUUCUUUAA